UUUGCUCUCCAUUCCAACACAAACACUGCUCUCUGUUGCUCAACCUUUCUCUAAAUCCUUUCGAAUUCGGCCCAAGGUGCGGCAACCUGAACUCUUCUGUCUUCCUUUUUGGAAAGCAAGAGUGAAAGAGAGAGGAAACCCAUUGAAGUGAGCACACAAUCAUUUCCACCAAGCAGUCGGGUUUCAUGAGAACCAAAGGGCCGGACUGAAUGGAAAAGGAUGAGAUAAAGAUCAGAGUUCAACAGCCAGACAAAUAGUGCUGAACCCACAGAAGGAAGGACUACCAUUCCCCCGCAGUGUAAACAUACCAGGAAAAGUUGUUGACGACAAAGAGACGGCGGACAUCCAGAAGGCCUUUACAACAAUGAGAUUUUGCCUCUUCUUGGUCGUCUUUUGCCAUGGGGCGCUUGGCGACGUUCUUCAGCUGGAGCGAAUGUACGGGAGGAUCGCGUCCCCAGAUUUCCCAAACACCUAUCCAAACAGCAAGGAGAGGACCUGGAAUAUCACCGUGCCCCGCGGUUAUGCCAUCCGCCUCUACUUCACCCACUUCAACCUCGAGUUGUCCUACCAGUGCGACUACGACUACGUCAAAUUGCGUUCAGGAGGAAAGGUCUUGGCCACUUUGUGCGGACACCAGAGCACCGACACGGAGGAAGCCCCGGGUGACAAGACAUAUCACUCGCUUGACAACAACCUGGCAGUGACCUUUAGGUCAGACUACUCCAACGAGAAGGAAUUCACUGGCUUCGAAGCUUUCUACGCCGCUGAAGACGUUGAUGAGUGUGAACAGCCGCUCGACGGUGAGCCGAUUUGUGACCAUCGCUGCCAUAAUUACCUGGGCGGCUUUUACUGCAGCUGCCAGGUUGGAUACCUGCUGCACAAAGACAAGAAGACCUGCACCGCCGACUGCCAAAACAAGGUGUUGACAGUAAGGUCUGGAGAGUUUGCCAGCCCAAAUUAUCCCAACCCGUAUCCCAAACUCUCCCGGUGCCAUUUCGGUAUCCAGGUGGAAGAAGGAUUUAUGGUCAUUUUGGAAUUUGUGGAAAGCUUUGACGUGGAAACCCAUCCGGAUGUGCCGUGUCCCUAUGACAUCCUAAAGAUAAAAACACCCAAGCAAGAGUUCGGCCCGUUCUGCGGGGAAACGCUUCCUCCAAAAAUCGAAACACGCAGCCACAUUGUGGAUAUUCAGUUCGCCACGGACCUUUCUGGAGUCCACACUGGAUGGAAGCUCAGAUACAACACAACAGCUUUGCCAUGCCCAGACCCCGAAGCACCACCCAAUGGUCACAUCUCUCCAGUGCAAGAACAAUACAUUAUGAAAGACUCCUACCAGCUCCUCUGCGAUACAGGCUACGUACUCUUGGAAAACGAAGCGAUUGUGGGAUCCUUCAUAGCAACAUGUCAAAAGAACGGUUCCUGGAACAAGCCAAUGGCUCAGUGCACCAUUGUUGACUGUGGCCCAGCCCAAGACACAGCAAAUGGGACAAUUGUCUACACAACAGGAUCCGGUGUUACUACGUACCAAGCUGAGAUCAUGUAUAUCUGCGAGAGUCCUUUCUAUGCUCUGAAAGCAGGAAAUUCUGGCAACUACCACUGUGCCCCUGACGGCUACUGGAGAAACGCCAGGGGAUGGAAAGCACCUCCUGCCUGCGAGCCAGUUUGUGGUGUCCAAACUUCAAAUGCUCUGAAGCGCAUAUUUGGUGGAACAAGGGCACUGCCUGGCCAGUUCCCUUGGCAGGUUCUGAUCAUCGAUGGACAAGGAGCAACAGGAGGGGGAGCUCUUUUAUACGAUAACUGGAUCCUAACAGCCGCUCAUGUCCUCACAAACCCAGCUGAUGCCUCUUCCCUGACACUGAAACUCGGACUUCUGAACAAACGCUCUCCUCGAUACCACCAAGCCUGGGUGGAAUCUGCUUUCGUCCAUCCAGGUUUUACCAACGAUGGUCUCAACUUUAACAAUGACAUUGCUCUGAUUAAACUGAGCCACAAAGUCCCCAUCAAUGCCAAUAUCACCCCCAUUUGUUUGCCAGGAAGCAGUGGCAGAUUCCAUGUGAACACAAGUGACAUAGGAGUGGUGGCAGGCUGGGGAAGAACAGAGAAAAGAAGGCAGUCCCCUUUCCUGUUAUAUGCCGAGCUAGAUGUUGUGGAUCCAAACAAGUGUCAAGCUGCAUACGCAAACCAGAGUUUGGAGGGGAAGCCCUUAGUCCUGACGGAAAAUAUGCUUUGUGCUGGGUAUGAGCAAGGGGGGAAGGAUUCAUGUAGCGGAGACAGUGGUGGGCCAUUGGUAUUUUUUGAUCCUCACACCAAAAAGUGGUUUGUUGGUGGCAUUGUAUCCUGGGGUUUGGAGUGUGGCUCUGCUGGACUGUAUGGUGUAUACACUAAAGUCACAAAUUACAUUUCAUGGAUUGAAGACAUAAUUGCACACAAUUCCUAGACUGACUUUUACUGCUUUAUUCCAAUAAAACAAAGCUCAAAUCUU